UCUAAGACAGGACACUUCUGGAUGUAACUCUGUCAGAGUUCGAGAUUGUUGGCCACCCAGCUACUUAAUUUGAUCAAAUAAAGUGCUGCUUGAUCAAGAAGUCUCCGCUUGGGUUAUCUGGUUAGAUUGAUACAGUAUCUCAAGUUUAAGUUUGGGACUGGGAUCUUACAGACAAACAGCUUACCGUGCAGAGCUGAAGUUAUGGGGCUGAUCAGAGUGCUAGCAAACCUUCUGAUACUACAGCUUUCUUACGAUUUGCUGCAUUAUACAGCGUGCAAUAUCUGGGUCAUUGCUUCUGAAACAAAUAUCAAAACCGCACAAAAGUCUUCUGAACUGGUCAUUGGAGGUGAUGAAUGUAACAUAAAUGAACAUCGUUCCCUUGCACUCGUGUAUAUCACUAGCGGUUUUCUCUGCGCUGGGACUUUGAUCAACGAGGAAUGGGUGCUGACCGCUGCACACUGCGACAGGGGAAAUAUGCUCAUAUUCUUCGGUGUGCAUAGACUAAAGGGACUAAAUAAGGAUGUGCAGAAAAGAGUCGCAAAGGAGAAGUUCAUUUGUCCCAAUAGGGAAAAAAAUGAUGAAAAGGACAAGGACAUCAUGUUGAUCAGGCUGGACAGCCCUGUUAGCAACAGUGAACAUAUCGCGCCUCUCAGCUUGCCUUCCAACCCUCCCAGUGUGGGCUCAGUUUGCCAAAUUAUGGGAUGGGGCGCAAUCACAUCUCCUAAUGAUAUGGAAGUUUCAGUAUGCCGGCUGAGGAAUUUUGGGAGUGGAAGUUCCGAAGUCUUAAAAUGGCCAUGUUUGGAGACCCUCCGUUCUAGGUCAUCUCCAGGGGAUGCGAGAUCAGUUCUGUGACUUUUGAACUAGGAAAAGCCCCACUUUUCCAACAAGGCAAUCUUUGCGUAGAGUGCUGGAGAAAUUUGAGAAGCCUUCAAAUGCCCAUCAGCUGAUGGAAUACCUAUUAAUAUCUUGAGAAAAAACAUUUAACUAAAUCUGUUUUUCCCAGGAGUCCCUUUGAACAGCUUUAAAAGACAAUACUUCCUAUUCCAGGCAAUGAGAUCAGCUCCACUGCUUGGAGACAAUGGAAAUUAUAGCUCUAUGCAUCUAGGUGGUAAAUUGUGAAAGAUAGAAUUUUGCCUAUUUUUUAUUUUUUUCAGUGACUUUGCCCUGUGUCCCUCAUUGUGCUAACAUUAACAUACUCGAUUAUGAGGUGUGUCGAACAGCUUACGCAAGGUUGCCAGCAACAAGCAGAACAUUGUGUGCAGGUAUCCUG